AUGCUCAGUUUAAGAUGCCAAAGUGACACUACAUCCACCCAAAAAAAUGAAAUUGAGUUAGAUCAAAACAUUAGUUUAAAUUUAGGAAUAGAAGCCGCCGCCAAGAAACAAAAAGAAGAAGAAGCAAUAGAAGUCGAUCAUUGUAAAAAAUAUAUUUUCCAAUCCAGAGACGAAAUGUCGCAAAGUAUAUCAAAACUCUGCUAUGGGAACCUAUACGUGAUAGGUAGCCUAUGGCUUGAAGGGAUGAAGAAAAUAAUGGUAGGAAAGAGAAUGUGUGUCGUUCCUAAACUCAAAGUUGCCAACAAUAAUAAUAAAAAUAAUAAUAAAUUAACUACAAACGAAGAGGCAGAAAACACAACUUCCAAAGAAGAAUCUAUUCCAAAGAAGCCACCUGAAAUGCGUUAUAGUGAGUUGCCACUCUACCGCAGUCCUCAUCAAGAAUACAAUGAAAGUAUGUAUAAUACGUGGUAUUGCCGUGAUUACAAAAGCCAUGCAUUACAGAACAUCCUUUUCCCAUAUGUGAGAGAAGCAAGAAUCACAAUUCAGUGCAAAAUAAAAGAGGUCAGAGAGCGGAUGUUACAAAGUUUGUGUGUUUUGAGAUUGGUGACAGACAGCUCGAUGUGUAGAGUACAAGAACAUAUGCGGGAUCCUUGUAACAAGGUGCAGGCAAAAACUUUUGUAGCAUUGAGUACAGCGACAGGAGUUGUUCUAGGAUCUAAGAGAGGGUUCCUCAGGGCAAUGUUCUAUGGAUGUUUUGGCGCCCUGACGUCCGGAGCGCUCUGUUUCCCGAAAGAGACUGAUUUCGCCUUCAGAAAUGCUUGCUACACAACCUGGUCGUUAAUAAAAAAAGGAUUUAAUAUAUUUGAGGGAACAAAUAAUCAUGUAACUUAUCUGUGUCCAGAAGAAACGCCUCUAUGUUCUGAAACGAAGGUAACAAGCGAGCCUAAAAACGAUGAAGAUAACAAAGCGAGAAAAAGAGAAAACAAAAGUAGGAAUCACCUUUGAAAAUAGAAAAAAAUGGUUAAAAAUUACAUACACUGCUCUAAAACGCUUUCAUAAAAAACUAAACCUACUGCAUUUUGCUAUAGUAUC